GUGUAGGUGAGUCCCUCGGGGCCUGAACACGGCCUCUGGCCACUCGCCCUUGAAGGGCGCUAGGCAGCAGUCGCCACCUGGGACUGUGCCCAGAGCUGCCCUGCUCUGCAGCGUUGGCCUCCCAGCCCUUUCAGGUAGCACAGUGUGACUGCAAAGGCUUUCAUCAGAAAAUUGUGGGUGGAAACUUCCAGGGGUUUGCUCUGAGCUUCUUGAGGCUUCUCAGCUGCAGAUGUGGGGUGAGUGGGCGUCUCUGUGAAAAGCAAAAAGAGAAAAUGAGAGAGCGAGAAGGUGUUUCCCUUGGCGUGGAAACUCUAUAAAGAGAGCACUGGCUUGCCUUCCCUCGAGCAGUCAGAGCAGCAGGGGUGGCAGCCUCCCCAGGACCGAGAGGCACGAUCCUUGGCCGGGGCUGGCCGCAGUCCCUGGCUGCCAUGCAGCAGCCCUUCAGUUACCCUUAUCCCCAAAUCUACUGGGUGGACAGCAGGGCCAGCUCUCCCUGGGCCCCUCCGGGGGCGGUCCUGCCCUGCCCACCCUCUAUACCCGAAAGGCCUGGUCAACGAAGGCCACCACCGCCACCACCACCACUACCACCGCCACCACCGUUGCCCCCACUGCCCCCACUGUCCUCACUGCCACCACCGCCCCUGAAGAAGAGCAAAGAGCACAAGACCGGCCUCUGCCUCCUCGUGCUGUUUUUCAUAGUUCUGGUGGCCCUGGUUGGACUGGGGCUGGCCAUGUUCCAGCUCUACCACCUGCAGAAGGAGCUGGCUGAACUCCGAGAGUCCUUCAGCCAAAGGCACACCACAUCAUCCGUGGAGAAGCAAGUAGGUCACCCCAGUCUCCCGUCUGAAAAGAAGGAGGCAAGGAAAGUGGCGCACUUAACAGGCAAGUCCAACACAAGGUCCAACCCUCUGGAAUGGGAAGACACCUACGGAAUUGCCCUCAUUUCUGGAGUGAAGUAUGAGAAGGGUAGCCUGGUAAUCAAUGACACUGGCCUGUACUUCGUGUACUCUAAAGUGUACUUCCGGGGUCAGGCCUGCAACAACCAGCCCCUGAGCCACAAAGUCUACAUGAGAAACUCUAAGUACCGGCAGGACCUGGUGCUCCUGGAAGGGAAGAUGAUGGACUACUGCACUGUGGGCAGGAUGUGGGCCCGCAGCAGCUACCUGGGGGCAGUGUUCAACCUCACCAGUGCCGACCACUUACAUGUCAACGUCUCCGAGAUCUCCUUGGUCAACUUUGAGGAAUCUAAGACGUUUUUUGGCUUAUAUAAACUCUGAGAAAAACACUUUGGGAUUCCAUCACAAUUCCUGUUACAGGCAUUGAGAAUGCUGUCUAGAACAAGGGUCUUCCUAGAUUCCUCUGGAGGUCAAGGUCAUGAAACAUGAGGACCAUGCGAGCCCAGGGUCUGGCAUAUCUGUGGCUCCAAGUCUCACCCAAGAUCUGUGAGCCAGACAGGAAGAGGAAGAUGGCUGAAGAAAACAGAGCUUUCAGCUGUGAUGCAAACAUCAAAAGUGUUGGGAAGCCACCACAGGGCAUUCUAUACUCAUCUGAAGUGGCCUACCGCAUCAUAGCGUAUUUAAAAUGAUAGCUUUUUACUCACCAUUUGAGGUGGGUCAACUUGCUACCUCAGCAGAGGAUGUGUUUCCUGUAUUGGAUUGUUACUUGAGAGUACAAGGAAUGAAGAAGGAGGGCUAGGCUUGCAAAAUAAGCUAAAGAAACUGACCGAGUCUGAUGCCCACUUGACAAUAUUGUUAAUUCCAAAUGAGUGGCAUGAACUACCAAAUGAUGCUAAUAGACAAAGAAAGGGAUUUUUUUGGGUAUCAGUUAUGUCCCUAAAUAGCAGGUGUAUUUCCAGUGCAAUGAUAGGCGUGUGUGUGUGUGUGUGUGUGUGUGUGUGUGAGAGAGAGAGAGAGAGAGAGAGAGAGAGAGAG